AUGGCCGGUUUUAGUCGUUUCCAAUUUAAAAGUUAUCGAUGGUUGAUAUUGAUUGUCGUGUUGGUAAUCUUGCCUAUCGUUUCGCUACUGCAUUUGGGAGCGCUAUUACUGUAUAGACGACAGAACGUUUAUUUCGUGGGCAAUCAUUAUAUUCAUGAUGCAUCAUCAACCAUCACCGAAACCUCGACCGAAACAACGAGUCACCAGCGUCCAAGUAAUAUCGAAUGUAAAGGUGGGGAGUUGCUGACUGGAAGAGUUGGGAAAUUUAGUAAUUUUAUCGCCGAACUCAAUAGCAGCCAACACCGUCAAUUUGAUUCAGGUGUUUUGAAUUUCUCGUACGCUUAUGACCACAUCGAUAUGCAGCAGGUUUUUACCGAGGAAUUUUCGAGCUACGAUUCGCUUCCAGCAAAUAAAACGGCAACGUAUCCUGGUGGAUAUAUUUAUGUCAUGGGUGUAGGACAGGAGCUUUCACAAUGCACACGACAUUUGUUCGAGUUGUGCUUGUACGCGACUACCAGCCGAAGAAAAGUCGUGACGCCUCAAAUGAGUAAUGGCGGAAUGAAUAUAGGUGGAAUGCCUUUUGGUGAAUUUUACGAUGUUCCCAAUUUAAAUAAGCAACUGUUGAGGUUUGGCUAUUCUGAAUUGGCUACCGAGGAUGAAUUCCGGAACAAUUGCGAGAAUCAAAGAAAAAAGGUUGUGGUGGUAUUCUAUGAAAAACCCGUGAGAAAAAGUUUCCCAUUAUUCUUCCAUGCCGCUUUUCGCGAUAAAUUUGACAUGUAUGAAAAGGUGACGAAAGCUGGGUGGCUAAACUGUACACAGUAUAUCACUGAAAUACCGAAGACUUUUGAAAAAGAUCGAAAUAACGCCGACUAUUAUUGCGUGGACAAAAACAUGUUUGAAAAUAUAGAAUUAUUUAAGAAGAUUCUAGGCGAUAGCAAGUGUGUUUUCAUCAAUUCAUGGAUCGAUUCCUCUUAUGUACACUGGAACAGAAUUUUACCAGCCGGUGCACCUGGGGCUUUUAAAAUCCUAUACUGGUUUCUUGAUCCCAGCCCGGAAGUCAUAGACGAAGCGAAUGCUUUCCGAGACAUGCGUAUACAACGUCCCUAUGUUGCAAUACAUAUCCGUGGUGCAAAAUUCAAAAACAAAUCAUUCCUUCAACCUUGCUUCGAUAUAGCUUUGGAAUUUGUGAAUGCGUUAAGGCGAACACGUAAGGUAAAAACCUUAUUCCUUUCUACCGAUAUGUCGCAAUUUGGUGGAUAUACGAACAAGGAUAAAGUCUCGCAUCAGUUAUUCGCAGAAAAGUCAGGGGCGGUCAUAUAUGACCCCAAUGUUGCGAAGCAAAUACUUAAACGGAUAGAUCGUUGGAAAGUCUCGUUGACCGAAGUGCGGCUUUUGUCACAGAGUGAUCAUCUUAUUACAAUAGGGAAGGGGAGUUUUGGCAACUUUAUCAGAAAUAGAUAUCUUUGGGAACACAGGAAUAAGCAAAAUUGGACGCUCUCUAAAUUGUGUUUUAACACAGCUUCACGGUUCUUUUAA